AUGGAGGCAUCAAUGUUCCUUCCCCAAAUAUAUGUAGAAAAAACUCUGGCCAUUAUCAAACCGGAUAUUAUUGACAAAGAGGAAGAAAUUAAAGAUAUUAUUCUCAGAGCUGGAUUCACCAUUAUUCAGAGAAGAAAACUACAAUUUAGUCCUGAGCAAUGUAGUAACUUUUAUGUGGAACAAUAUGGGAAAAUGUUUUUCCCCAAUUUAACAGCUUACAUGAGUUCUGGACCACUUAUUGCCAUGAUAUUAGCUAGACGUAAUGCCAUCUCUUACUGGAAAGAUCUUUUGGGACCAUCUAAUAGCCUAGUAGCUAAGGAGACACAUCCAGACAGUCUAAGGGCAAUAUAUGGCACAGAUGAAACCAGGAAUGCACUGCACGGGAGCAAAGACUUCUUUGCUGCGGAAAGAGAAAUCCGAUUUCUGUUUCCUGAAGUAAUUAUAGAGCCCCUUCAAGUGGGACAAGCUGCUCUGGAAUAUUUAAAUUUAUACGUAACACCAACUCUGCUUAAAGGACUCACAAAUCUUUGUAAGCAAAAACCAGAAGAUCCUUUAAUCUGGCUUGCUGAUUGGUUGCUGGAAAAUAAUCCCAACAAACCUAAACAUAACUGUCCAAAUAAAAUUAAAGAAGAACCUCAAAGUACUUCAAAGGAAAAAUUUCAAAUUAUUGUAUAA